CGUCGGACACGGACGGUUGCCACGACUGUACCAAGUCGGGCACAAAGAAAGUGUUUUUCUUUUUCCUCUUUUUGGCUAUCGUUUUUGUCUCUCGUUCACGUCAACACGAAGAAAAGAAACUCGACUUUUUCUUGUUACUAUUUGACGAUGUUUUUCCUCUUCGUGUUUCUGAAUGGCUCGUCAGCUGCUAGGCGCCACUAGGCUAAAUAUUUAAAAGAAAAAAAAAAGAAGAAAAAGAAAAAGAAAAUAAAUAAAUAAAUAAAAUUUGUGUUUUGAACGGGGAAAAAAUGCAAGUUUGACGUGAAAGACUGUUAUUGGACUUCCCUGGCCACUGCCAUCGUCCGGCAAAGGAAUGUCAGACUGCCGCCUACGUGGCUAACCACAAAAGAAAAGCAAUUGAAUUAUGGGAGACGAAGUGGUUGUGGUUUUUCUUGUCGCACGCAGCCUCUUUUGUUGUCGUUUCUUCUUUGCGGCCAAAAAGAAAGGCGAGAGAAAAAGAAAGCGGAACAGAAUUUUAGCGGCCAUUUUUUCCACAACAUUUCCGCUAUGUAAACAUAAAAAAAAAGAAAGGGUCUUUUUGUUUGAUUGUACUACCAAAAUCGAACUUGUUUUUUUUUCUAUACGACACUAAACGAAAAAUGUUUACUGCCGAAUGGGGAUAUUAGGAACGUGAACGAGUCCCAAACCAAUCAAGGGCCGUAAAGUACCUCGAAAUUGAAAGAGUGCAACGUUUGCAAAUAGUUGGAAACGACUUUCUGGUUGAUGAAACAUUUGUUAAUCGUGAUUGUUUUGAAAACCACGAAUGUGCUAUCCCUAUCCCUUAUUUAUCACUAUAUCGUCUAUAACAUUGAUUCACUCGAUUUCCUCUCUUUCUUCGCCGAAACAUUGUUAGCGCCCGUGCAGAGAUAGAGAGGAUAGAGUAACACGUCGAUCGUGCCACUGCGUGUGCGACAUUCGCUUGUGUGGCCGGUCGUGCCGAGCUCGUUGCUUUGCGUUUUUACGACUAUGACACUCGACAGUUUUGGCAACAAUAUCAGGCCAGCUGCAUUUCCCACUUAUCUUUCUCUUUUCUCGCCUUCUUUUCAAAUUGCCUUCGUAAUCAGUUUUUCGACUCUGUUCCGUCGAAAGACUUGAGUGGCGGUGAACAAGAGCGGACCGAAAGAAAAAGAACCUCUUUUAGUCGUAAAAGAAACUCUUUGUGCCAUCUGACGAUGUUUCGUGACAUCUAAAAAGAACUUUGGUACUACGAUUUGCUCUCAGCUGUUUUUUUUUUUUUUUUUCCUUUGUAAAACAAGAGAAACGAAGAUCACUUGUGGGCGUUCCAUCGAGAACUAGUUGGUUAGUGAUUAGGUGCGUUGUUACCGUAAAUGGUUUUGGAUCAGCCUUCCAUCCUCUGCCAAAUAAGUCUGAAUUCACACAAAGGCUUCAGUUAGUUCUUUUCACCAUCGUUUUCGUUUUUCUAUUAAUUUUUCUGCCUUAGACAUCAGUUAUGCCUUUCGUUGCACAUCUAGAAAAGAAAAAAAAAAUGAGGAAGCUAUCGAUCUCUCCCACGUUGUAGAUGAUGUUGAAGGGGGAAAAAACGAAACUCCGUUGUUCGCCUUGGUGACUUGGCGACUGGUGAGGAAGGGCUGCCUCUGCGGCUGUUUCCGAGAUUACUGAAUGAAGGGGAAAUAAUAUCCUGGCUCUCCUUGUUCUUCCUUUAUACCAUGGUAAUAUUUGCGUUUUUGUUUUUUGGUGCCGCUUCGAGAACAGGAACCUUGCCGCUCUUUUUGCGCCCGUGGAGAUAUUGCGCCUUCAUUUUAUUUUGCUUUUACGAUUGACCUUUUGUGUGGUGGUGACAAAGCUGGAAACGCGUCACAGUGAGGAAGGCUGAGUCUAUGCCAAGGAACUUGUUUUUCAUUUCUCGAUUCCUCCGCCCCUCAUAUCCACAACCUCUAACGGGCAUAAUCCAGUGACGAAACUGUCAUAAUCUUUCUCUCUCUGUCACUCCUCUUCCAUUCCCGAAAAAAAACCUUUUAAAAGUUUAGCGCAAAUAACAGCAGAAUAGCAUCCAACGUAUGAAGGAAUAAUCAAAUAGACCGUACCCGAUGGGACCACGUCAUCUUAUGAUUAUAUAUUAUAUUUUAUUUAUUUUUUUCAUAUCAAAAGAAUCUGUGUCAAAGGCUACAUGCUUACUUUGAUCUGUGUUGCAUAAAGUUGUGUAUGUCUUCGAUACAAGCGGUGCAAGUUUGAAUGGAGCACACAGUUCGCAUAAGAGGUUUGGGAGAACUGUACAAUAGAAAUCAAAGAAAGUUAACACCUCUGGUGAAGAAGCAGUGAAGAACCACCCAACAGAGUCUGGCUAGAGACCCACUAUUAUAUUGUGUUUCCUAUUCCAUGAUUUGAAGGCAGCAAGAAAGGCGGAUCGUUAUUCUUCUUAUAUUGAUGAUGUGGGCCAUUGUCAACUCUUUCAUCAUCAUGCGCCCGUCGGUACGGUUAUAAAGGUUGUCGUGACAACGCCAUUGUGUCCCUUCCGGUCGUCUAUAUAAAAGUUGCCGAAGUUGGACGAAUGGAAGGAAAAAUAAAAAAAAAUAACUCGUUGGCCGAUUGAAUCGUCCGCUUUCUAUCCAAUUCGUCUGUCUCGUUUCUAGCUCAUCUUUUUCUUUAUUUUGCUCGUUCUAUUUUCUUUUUGUCCCUCCAUCUAUCAUUUUUAUUUAUUUUCUUUCCCUUUCGGGAUUAUACGGAUGUUAGUAAGAGUAGGUGCGGAUCUGCAGCGUGGACUGCCAUCGUAAAUAAAUCAAAAGAAAUAGGCGAGCAGAGUGAACGAACAGUGGCGCGGGAACCAACCGCUGGGUCGUACUUUACACGUAUUUUCAAAGCCUUCAAAACAUUCUCAAAUGUCGUUUACACAACGAAUGGUAUUCCAUUUUGCAAAUGUAACAUAUUAAAUAGUCUGGGAGCCGCAACGUUGUCCUUUUCGGGACGCCAAUUUCUUUAAUGUGAUUAAGUGUCUGGCUUUCUUUCUCUUGGCUGUUUCCAUUGAAGGAGCUUGCAUUUCGAGAUGGGCAGGAACUUUUAAAACUUGUAAAACACUAAGCAAUCAAGUUUUUGCCUCCAGGUUAUAGUUGAAAUCGUUUGACAACGGAGGGAGUACUGCUUGACUCUCAUUUUGAUUUGUUUUUCUUCAAUUUUUAAUUGAAUGCCAUACGUUUAGAUUUCAAUAACUCCUGCCAACCUACUUUUCAUUUUAUUGCUUAUUCAAGAUCAAAAUCAACGAUUUGAUCGCAAUCCUAUUUGACUUGCGCUUCUUGAACUCAAACCUCCUCCAGUUGUUGAUUGAAGAGAUGAUAAGAAAUUCUUAUUUCUGUCUUCCUACAUAUACCAGUAAAUCUUCACUUGACCAUUUCCACUCUUCUUUAAUCCCGUAUAUUUAAAUGCAUAGCUUGUCCGAUAACAUCAAUCCUAUUUCUUUUUAAAUCAGACUACAAAUAAACAUGCAUUUAGCCCAAGAAAAAAGUAACACGCGGCUAUCGAUCUGGUUUCCAUGUCAAACGCAACAGAGAGUAUCGUCUCUUGUUAGAACGAUCUCUCUCUGCGCUUCCUUAUUUUCUUACAAUCAGCCGACUACUGAACUAGUAACAAAGUAGGAUGUGCCUUGCGUAUUCUGGGCAAUUGGAUCCCAAUGCGUGUGUCUUGUUUGUCCACCGUCAUCCGCCGGAUCUCUUCAGUGCCGUAAAAAUGUCAACAACAGUCUAACCUUACACACACAUGCUAUUGCGGUUCUACAUCGACACCAGAGUUCCAGUUCCCGCUAUCAUUUUCUUUUCGUUGGAUUGAAGUGUCCGCAAACGGUGUGAGCACUCCGCUCGAUUCUGCCCUCCGCCGUAAUUCAAUUAGAUGUGAAUCGUUUGGCAUCUAUACACCCGCGCUUGCGCCCACUUUCCUUUGCUUUCUUUUUUGUUUGUUUUUUUUUUUUUGCCAUCCUAGCGGACUAGUUCGGUUAAUUCCGCCGAAUGCGGUGGCCCGUUCGGAGCAAAAUUUUGGCGCGUUGCCGUAAAUCAUUUUAUCCCUCGUCGCGAGUCCUCUUCCGCCGACCGACCGUGUAUUAGCCGAAAAUGCGCGCGUUAGAACGUUUCCGCAUGACGACUCCAUCAUCACACGCUCGCUCCGCUUUUUCAUGGAAGGAUGAAAAAGUGAGAAUUGGUAAGCGGAGCGGCAAAGCUUUGUGUUCCGGGCAAUCAUAUUGAAAUCGUGAGCGAUGGAGACGAAGGAAUAAAUAGCUUUUGGGGCAUAUAAAUGCACGAGGUAGACGACGAGCUCCGCAAAAUCAAACAAUCACCUUCCUUGCAUUGAUUAUAGAUUGGAUGGGCCUGUCACUGCAGCCUUGCUGACUGGGACUUGGGACGAAAAAGAAAAAUUUAAGCUUUACACAGCCAUUCAGUCGAUCGGUGGACUGUACUUUACAUAAUACGUCAGCCAACAACAACAAAAAGAAGAGCGACGAGGUUUAUCUAGGAGGACUACAUGUCACGAAGAGGAGAAGACUCACUGAACUGCAGUGCUGUAGCUUCACAAUCCAUUGGCUAAUUAUUUUUGCCUGGCCGGUUCCUCUACUUUUUUGUUGUUGUUUUCCUACUUUUCAUGAGGGAUGACAGAAGAAGUUGGGCAAAAAAAAAAUCAUAGCAGUGAGGUAUGGGAGAGACGGGGGUGGGUUGGCACGGCCUUUGUAGCCAAACGAAAAAGAUGCGCCAAGCAAUGCCGAAUUACACCGCCAAUGGGCAAGCGACUAGGAUCCAUAUCCCCUCCGUGCUACUACACAACAUAUUCCACAAACAGGGCGGGCCGGAAGGAUCAUGUAAGGCAAUGUCUUUUGUGAAGCCGUUACGUUAGUUACUUUGCUUUUACUGGGUAUAGUGGGUAUACAGUGAUUCCGCGUCGUGUCACUCCCAUAUUUUCGCCUGGCAAACUCGCUAAACCUUUCUUCCACUCUUAUUAUCCACCCGCUCUCCAUUUUCACCUACUGUCCAACCCUCUUGCAUGCUUUCAUCCUCUUCUAUUAAGGGCCACCUCGUCGAGACCCCGCCCGGCAAGCUAGAGACCGUUAGUAGUCUACUACUCUAGUAGAAGACUAGAAGUGAAUUCUCUCUUUUUGUCGACUAUGAAGCAAAUACAGUCGCCAUCGUAUUGCCUUUCGCCGCAGCAAGGGCGUAACAUUUCGUUUAUCGUUUAAUCCAAUCAACGGCGAAAGAGACCCAACAAUCAAAGUUACCUGGUUUGUUUUCGCUCGAUUCGAUUAACGUAAUCGCGACACGCUUAGUGACAGUAAUAAGAAUUCUGUAGGUGUCGGUUUGCACGGAUAGCGUUUUAAUAUCGACCGUUGUACUUGUGUACGUCGCGUUUAACGCUAGCGGCCGGUCGUGUUUGACACAAUGCCGAAACAUCGAGUGGUUCAUCCUCUCCGCCGAACUUUGUCUCACCCAAGUUUGGCCAGCAGUAUCAGUGACAGCGGAUGGAAUAACAGUGGGGGAGGGCUGAGCGAAAAUGAAAGUGGGGGCGAACAAGCUGCGGACAAUCGAAGCUCUGGCAGCCGUUGCUCCGCAACCCAACGUCGGGAGACCGUUGCAUCCGUUCUGUCCGAAACUAUCAGUAACGCCAUAUCCAACCGCACCCACAAGAGAAACCAAUCGAAUCCAUCGACAAUAGAAUCGACUUGCAAAUUGCCCGCCUUCGGUGUGAUUCCAGCCGUUAUCCUGUCGACUGAAAAGAGCGCUAGGAAUAAGUCACCGCAGCCUCGGGCCGAAAGCCGUCCUGUUGCCUCAGCAACGACUACGUCGACGUCGUCUUCGUCGGGAGCCGUGGCUGCUGUUGGGAAGAGUUCAUCAACGAGUCGCGCUGCUGCCAACGUGAACGGCCAGUUGCCUGGCAGUCGUGACAAGUCGCCAUCGCGAUCCAACCAAUCUGCCGGCAACAAUGGAGAGCCGGAAGAACCACACAUCUCCUACAUCGAAUUACCCAUUGAUGUGGCUCGAGCCCGUUCGCCCGAUAUGAAUUCUCUCUCUGAUCGCAAAGAGUUUCAUUUCCACGUUCCACUUCCGACUCAGGUAGAGAGUUAA